CGCGUGGGUCCCAAUCUUUGGUACUUGUCUCCAAUAAUUGACUAUAAAUUCGCUCCCCGAAUCGGGUCUUGCUCCACAUUCCAAAAUCCCAAUCCACGUGCUCCUUCCAAUUCUAGUUCAGACCACUCCAAUCAUGGCCGGAAACGCAUCUCUUCGCCGGAGAUAUAACGACAUUAUUGACUUUAGUGCCGUAGCUCCGGCGAGCUCUCUCAGCGACAUGGUCUUCGGAUUUCUAGAGGAACACGCUGACGAGUCGCCGGAAAGUAGGUUCAGCUCCAGCGACGAUUGUGACUACGGUGAUGAGGAAGAUGGUUGCGAUGUCGAAGAGAAUAAGGCGUAUUGGGAAGAACAAAUUAAUCUUCUUCAGACAACAAUUUGUAGAACCAAUUCAAUUGAAUCGAAGAUACGUCAAGCUACGAAAGAAGCAAUGAAAGAGACGAUAAUCUCACAGUGUGCGUGCGGGAGAUCGACGGUGGGAGGAGGAGUUUGCCGGAAUUGUUUGCGAAGAGAGGUCUGUAACCGGCUCAUAAAUCUCGGAUACGAUUGUUCGAUUUGUAAAUCUAAGUGGAGAAGCUCAUCUAGUAUCCCUGCAGGGGAACAUACUUACUUAGAAGUUGUAGACAGAUCGAGUUCGAAGAGAGGUGAGAUGAGAGUGGUUAUAGAGCUAAAUUUCAGAGCAGAGUUUGAGAUGGCUAGGGCUAGCGAAGAUUACAAUCGAUUAAUUAGUCGAUUACCGGAGGUUUUCGUGGGGAAAACAGAGAGAUUAGGGAGCGUGAUUAAGAUUCUGUGCUCUGCGGCUAAGAAGUGCAUGAAGGAGAAGAAUAUGCACUUAGGUCCAUGGCGGAAGUACAAGUAUAUGCAAGCCAAGUGGCUCGGAAAGUGUGAGAGGUCCACGCCGGCGCCGUUGCCGGUUAGCUACUCCGACCGCCCUACCAAGCCCAAGGCCUCUAUGUUGACCUUUGAUCUCUUGGAGGCUAUGCCCAUGACUGCUCUGCGUCCCACCGCCGUUCAAGUUGUGUGAAUUUUUAAUUAAUAAUAAUUUCACAACAUAAAAUAAAAAAACAAAUUUUGUCCUCAAGAAAAUUAAUUAAUGUAUAAUCUAAUUUGUUAUAUAUUGAGUUGAAUUUGCUGGUAGAAUUACGAUUAAAAUAUGGGUUGAUGAGAUUGAACAUAACAUACAUAGUUUUAAGGAAAAGGAGGGAGAGAACAGAAAAAUGUAUCCAUAUUUUCUUUUUUGUUUUUACUACUGGCAAGUUGGCUACGUAGGUAUAAAGUAUGUAUUUUAUUAAUUUACACAAGAAUGUAAUAUUAUUGAAUGUAUAGUAUGUAUGAUUAUGUGUUAAAAAAUUAGCAAAAUGUUUCAUGUAAUAA